AUGGCCUCUCAACAUCAAGAGGUGGACGUCCGGGACGCCGGUGACCCUGGACGACCGGAGAAACGGGGUUCCUGCGACUCGCAUCGUCAGCAACCAACUCCGGUCAACGAUAAGCCUUUCAUCGUCAACACCAUCGACAGGAGGCUCGUGGUCUACCACGUGGACAGGGAAAUGUCAGAGAAGAUGCUCGUGUACAUGGGCUAG